UUUUAAUGCUUAUGUGAAUGUGCCUAGCCAAUCAAACAUGGCGGCGCCCAUCGUCUCAUGCGAAUUGUCAUUGAAAUCCGGUGAAAGAUCUACUUUUAAGUAUGACGUGGAUACAAAUGGCGGUAAAUUCUCACACCAGUCACUUCGAGUGGCUAUUGCUGCCAUGCAGGGAGAUCUAAAUACAUUUUUAACGGCUCAGGUGGAAAAGGAAAAGCAAGAGAAUGCUCUAAAAAAUGGUGGUGGGAAGCUCCAGCGGCAAAGCAAAUGCGGAUCUGCCGAAGGCUCCGGCGGAGGUGAUGGAGAGCGAAACGAUCCCACUGGUGAUUCAGCCGCUGGCAGUGAUUCCGAUGAUGUUGAUUUGGAUGAAGACGAAGAUGAGGAGGAAGAUGUCUCAAAUGAAGCAGACAGUAAUGACAACCAGGCUGGAAAAAGAGAAGCAAAGGACUGGGAUUCAACUUUAAGCAAAAAGUCCAAGUUAUCUGAUAGCUGACAAGAAUGCAUGUAUGAACUGUGAGUUGAACAGCGAUACCAUGUUGAAUUUAAAUCCAGAUUCAGCAACAUGUAUGGCAUUCACAUUUUGAUAUUGUUGUAAAAAUGUAAAUACACUGUAUCUUAUGUAAAGACUUGUGUUAUUGUUUUAUAGUGAUCAAAUACAAUUGUACAUGUACAGGAUCUGUUUGAGAACAUAUACAAUAGAUUUAUAAUGAUUGCAAGAACUAUGUUAGACUUUGCAGCAGUGGGAAGCCAAAAUGUAUCUGAUAAUUUCAAGUUGUUGCUAAGUUUUUUACCAUUACUGAUCACCUGUGAAAUGGCAUCUCAUUGUAAGAUUCUUUUAUAUUUAUUAUUUUGUAAAGCUCAUUUUUAUAAUAGAAUUAUGAAGUACACAUUUCCAAGAGUUGCGGGUACAUAUGAUUUUUUUGACAGUCAACCUGAAGUUGAGUACAUACAUAAUUUACCUUCCGUACCACACAUUUAGUUGAAAAAUUUGUAAAACAGGUACAUACACAUUUGCACUUGUAAUGUUAAUUGUAGGCCUAUAUUUGGCAACUUUUUGAUAUAUUGUCACUUUUUGCAAUACCAAGUCAUUCAGAUGAUCUAAUCACUAUGGCUAAACCCAUAUGGUCUUUACCAAUUUUUCUAUUUGCUGUCUUGUCCAACUAAAUUGGUUUGUGCUAAUUGUCAUUCUGUCUAACGAUUAAAUCUGCUUUUCAGUGACAAUUUGGUGCAUGUAUACUAGGCUUACCAUGUCUUCUCAUCAGAAAGAGAGAGUGAUGUGAGACCAAGUAGGGAAUUAUAGAUGAAAUGAAAAUAGGCAUAGCCUAUGAGAAAAAAAUGACAAAGUGCAAGUUCGACGCAAAUUGGUUGUAGAGGAGAUUGACUUAGACCAUAUUGGUUCAGACCAAAA